AUGUCGCCUCGAAACUCGCCCGUCCCCCGAGAGGACCGGACUCCUCUGCUACACGGCGCGUCGGACGACGAGGCAGGACCGGUCAAGGAGCACAAGCGGGAUGGAGCAGCUACGAUGACGAGCUGUAUAGCCAACCUCGCGAACACCAUCAUCGGCACCGGCUCGCUCGCAAUGGCUCACGCGUUCGCUGGCGAAGGCCUGAUACCGGGCAUCAUCAUGGUGCUUGUCUGCGGAGGAGCCGCGUGGCUCGGGCUGUACCUCUUGACGAGAAGCGCUGCGAUGGCUCCUCACCGCGCCGCAUCCUUCUCCAGCCUCAGCACCUUGACCUACCCAGGACUCGCUAGGCUUUUCGACUUUGCCGUCGCCCUCAAGUGCUUCGGCGUCUCCAUAUCGUAUCUCAUCGUCAUUGGCGGCCUGAUGCCGAAAGUCGUCCACUCCUUCCGGCCCGACCUCACCGACUCAGUACUCCUCGACCGCCGACUUUGGAUCCUCGCUUCGAUGACUCUCCUCUGCCCGCUCGCCUUCCUCCGCCGCCUCGACAGCCUCAAGGUCACUUCCUACAUCGCCCUCUGCGCGAUUGGCUACCUCGUCUUCAUCGUCGUCUACUACUCCUUUUCCGGCCACCCCGAACUGCCGCCUCCAGGCGAUAUCCAGCUCUUCCGCUUCGGUCCAUCCUUCAUCCAGGUCAUCUCGAUCCAGACCUUUGCAUUCACCUGCGCGCAGAACAUCUUUGCAGUGUUCAACGAGCUGAAUUCGAACACGCAAGCACGGCUCAACCUGGUCGUCGGGACGUCCAUCGGCGGCGCCGCCAUCAUCUAUGAGAUCCUUGGCAUCCUCGGAUACCUGACGUUCGGCUCGACUGUCGCUGGCAAUAUCAUCGAGAUGUACCCUCGCAACAAGCUCGUCUCCAUCGGCCAAGUCGGCAUCACCAUCCUCGUCCUCUUCUCCUACCCUCUCCAGCUCCACCCAGCCCGUGCCUCGCUCGACAAGUUUCUCUUCCCGCACCCGACGCCAGCCGAAGCUGAAGACGACGACACCGCCAUUGCGCCUGUCGAUGACCAUGGCAGCGGCGACGACAUCCCCUUGACGCGGUUUGUCGUUGAGAGCGCCGUCCUGCUCUUCUCGACUUUCUUCAUCGCCAUGUUCGUCUCGAGCCUCGAGACUGUUCUCGGCUUCGUCGGCGCGACAGGAUCGACCACGAUCUCCUUCAUCCUGCCCUCGGUCUUCUUCCUCGCGCUCUUCAAGGACUCGAACACGAAGCACGACCGGAGGUUACGAUGGGUCGCGAUGGCGUUGCUGGCGUGGGGCGUGCUCGUGAUGGUCGUCAGCCUCUCCCUGAACAUCUACCACCUCGUCCAGCAGCCGGAGCAAGGCAGCCUGCACACUCUCGGCUGGAUCGGGGGCAAGACGGCGCCGCACCCGCUCGCGCUCGCAGGCGACUCGGCUGCCCUAGUCGAUGGCGUAGCGAGGCGAUAG